GCCCAGUUUGCAUGGUUCCUGGUCAACGUAGAAAUGUGGAAUGUCUUGGCUGAAUCCUCGUGCCGACAAGAUCCUUAUGGUCCCGGUUGAAAACAGAUUAAUUGAAGGAAACAAAGGGGGAAAGCCCAGAAGGAAAAAAGAAUUGGGCUAAGUCAUAAAAAGCAUUGCUGCUUCUGCCUUGCUCUCUCUUGGAUUGCCCACUCCGGAGGAAGCCAGCCACCAUGUUGUGAAGACAUUCACGGCCCUAUGGAGAGUCCACGUGGGAAGCAGCUGAUGCUUACUUCCAACAACCAGCAUCAGCUGGUUUUUUACAGUGUAAACCAGCAUCAGCUUGCCAGCCAGUGAGUGAGCCAUCUUGGAAGUGGGUCCUCAGCCUCAGUCAAGCCUUCAGAUGACUGCAGCCCCAGCCUACUUCUUGACUACAGUAUCAUGAGAGACCCUGAGCCAGGACUAUCUAAUUAAGCCACUCCCAAAUUACUGAACUACAGAAACUCCACUGCAGGUGUGUGAGCAGCACUCCUUCUGCAAUAAAAGUCUAGACUCACCGCAUCUUGGAAAGAGAAUGGCCACUUCCUCAGGGGCAGCCUUUUUUAUGCUAGUGGCAUCCUGUGUUUGCAGCACUGUCUUCCACAGAGACCAGCAGACUUGGUUUGAGGGUGUUUUCCUGUCUUCCAUGUGCCCCCUCAAUGUCAGUGCCAGCACUUUGUAUGGAAUCAUGUUUGAUGCAGGGAGCACUGGAACGCGGAUUCAUGUUUACACCUUUGUGCAGAAAAUACCAGGACAGCUUCCAAUUCUGGAAGGGGAAAUUUUUGAGUCUGUGAAGCCAGGCCUUUCUGCUUUUGUAGACCAACCUAAGCAGGGUGCUGAGACUGUCCAAGGACUCUUAGAGAUGGCCAAAGACUCAAUCCCCCGAAGUCACUGGAAAAGGACCCCAGUGGUCCUCAAGGCAACAGCAGGACUGCGCUUACUGCCAGAACAGAAAGCCCAGGCUCUGCUCUUUGAGGUAAGAGAGAUCUUCAAGAAGUCACCUUUCCUGGUACCAGAUGACAGUGUUAGCAUCAUGGACGGAUCCUAUGAAGGCAUAUUAGCUUGGGUUACCGUGAAUUUUCUGACAGGUCAGCUGCAUAGCCACAGCCAGGAGACUGUGGGGAUCCUGGACCUGGGUGGGGCCUCGACCCAAAUCACGUUCCUGCCUCGGUUUGAGAAAACCCUGGAGCAAACCCCUAGGGGCUACCUUACUUCUUUUGAGAUGUUUAACAGCACUUAUAAGCUCUAUACACAUAGUUACUUGGGAUUUGGAUUGAAAGCUGCAAGACUAGCAACCCUGGGAGCCCUGGAGAUGGAAGGGAUUGACGGACACACUUUCCGAAGUGCCUGUCUACCGAGAUGGUUGGAAGCAGAGUGGAUCUUUGGGGGUGUGAAAUACCAGUAUGGUGGCAACCAAGAAGGAGAGAUGGGCUUUGAGCCCUGCUAUGCUGAAGUGCUGAGGGUGGUCCAAGGAAAACUUCACCAGCCAGAUGAGGUCCAGAGAAGCUCCUUCUAUGCUUUCUCUUACUAUUAUGAUCGAGCUGUUGACACAGCCAUGAUUGAUUAUGAAAAGGGGGGUGUUUUAAAAGUUGAAGAUUUUGAAAGAAAAGCAAGGGAAGUGUGUGAUAACUUGGAAAACUUCACCUCGGGCAGUCCUUUCCUGUGCAUGGAUCUCAGCUACAUCACAGCCUUGUUGAGGGACGGCUUUGGCUUUGCAGACAGCACCAUCUUACAGCUUGCAAAGAAAGUGAACAACAUAGAGACAGGCUGGGCCUUGGGGGCCACCUUUCAUCUGCUGCAGUCUCUGGGCAUCUCCAACUGAGGCCAAACCCUUCCUCUGAGGCCUGCAUUCACCAACAGCCUUUUUAAAGGGAGAAGGAGAGAGGACUCAGCCAUGUUCUGAGCUAGUCUGGGGACAGCCUAGACUGAAGCCCAGCAGCUGGUUUCAUCAGGAGUGAGGGGCUUUUGUAGACAGGUUUUGCCCUUAAGUCUAGAGAUCUGGAUUUAAUUAAUUUUACACAUCUAAUGUGAACUGUUAUCUAACCAUUCUGUGUGCACAGCUGGCACCAGAGUCUAAAUCUUUGAGAUUCCUUGUGUGAUAGCCAAAAGGAACAGCUUUGGAACUUAACCUUGGAGAGCCCAGGGACAGGUCCCUGGAAACCAAAGAAAAUUCUCAUUUCAACCUUUUGAGUGCCUCAUUCCUUUGAAUAUUUUAAUUUUCCUCUUACCUGCUAAACUAAGCUGAAUGAUUGCAAUCCCAUGCCCUAUCAAUACCAGGUUUUUUUGUUCCUCCUACAUUCUACCCUGUCCCACACUUACCUCCACCCAUCUUCCUGAAAAAGUCUACUGUGAAAGCUACAAGUUUGGGGAGGUACACUCUUUUCAUGUAUAAUUUAAGGGGGAGAAAAAGUACCAUAUCUCAAGUUGUGUGAUCCUGCUUUGUGCUAGCUCCAAUCAGCCAGCAGACAGCCAUGCUAAAUCUUAGCAGGAUGGAAAGCAACUGUAACUGGGCAGAUCCCAGUCUUAAGAAAGGAGGCCAUCAAGUCUCUAGGGACGCGUUUUGGGAGGGUGUGUCUGCCUUGUAUGUCACCUUUUUUUAAUCAACUUUUUAUCAGUCAAUCCUGAGAUUAAUGAACAUGUCUAACCUUAUAGGAAUGUGUGUGUAUUCAGUGCCAGUACCUCCUAGCAGGCUAAUGUUUAUAGUAAUUUGUCAUCCUAAACUCGUUUUUUUUGUAUGUCUAAGAAAUAAAAAGUGGAUUCUCUUUUUGAGUUUGAAUACUCAGA